AUGUCCACCUUGUCAGUUGAACCAGGUCACAAGACGGAUCGCCAACAGUAUCGAAGCCUUUUAAAGAAGAUGUGCAUGCCUGUUGUGAGAGGUCCUGAGAACAGACAUGGCUUUGCCAGCUUUGAAGAGAAAAACAGUAAUUCUUUCCUUAAAUUCAAUCCAUUCACCCCUCCAGUAGGGCCAGAUUACCCUUUAUUCCCGCACCGGGAUGAUGUGCCUUUAGUGGAUCCCUGCUCAGGUUUUGUGAGUCCAGGAGCAGAUGCUGACCUGCAGCCCAAUGUUGGAAGAGCUAUUGAAUCCCUGGUGGACUACAGUGAUGUGAAACCUCACCAGCAGAUCCCUGUUACGGGAAAGAGAGGCCAGACUGCCCACAGGAGGCAGAUGAUCCUCCUGGAGGAAACCAGCCAGAACAGAAGGUGGAACUCCAGGGCUGUGCCGGCUGUUUCUGUCAGGGCACGACUCGGAGGUUGGAGAACUCCAGUGAAAGUUGCUGCUGCUCUACCUGACCAACACCGUAUUGUUACAUUUUGUAUGGAUCCCAAUCUCAAGGAAUCAAGUGAUCCUUCUGCAAGGUGGAGAGAAGAAAAAGCAAGAGACUAUUUCUACAAGUCAAAUACUCAAAAAGCUUAUGAAGAAGUUCCUUGGGAUAAUAUAUUACCUUCCAAAAUCCAGGCUCCAGAAUCAACAGUGGAAGUGUUGGCUGAUCCUGUUUCCCAGUGUUUCACAAAAAAGAGAUACAAUCCUGAACCUGAAAUAAGCCAAGUUGUCGGAGUCCUCUGGGACAGAUUUCAAACAAGAUCUUUUACCUCUCCACAGAGACCUGUUAGUUUUGUAAGCCGAAGCUCUCAAACCUGUCAUAUCCCUUUGUAUACUGGCUGUGUUGGUGCAGUAAAUCUUGAAGACGUUGACAAUGCUGAUGUAGACUUAAUUCCACUUAACCAUGUGAGAACUUCAAAGCCUCGCUACACAAGGACUGCACACACUCCAAAUAUCCCUGGAUACACUGGCAAGGUUCAUUUUUCAGCAACCCACCCAGCAAAUUCUAAUCUUCCAUCAACAACCCCAUCGAUAAUUGCACAACUGCAUGGAUACAUAGCAAAACACGGAAACUCAUCUCAGUAUAAUCACCAGGGACCUUUUUCUCAAAUGGUGACUCCAGUUAGUCCUCAGAAUUCUUUCAACAAGAGAGAACGAGAAACUAUUACAGUUUAG